GUGGUGAGGCAGUAAUCCUGCUGAAGAUGGCUCAUGUUCCAGGGCCUCCGCUCCUGUCUCUGUGGCUGCUGCUGUGUGUGUCAGCUCUGCCUGCUGCCACAUAUACUCUAACUCCUGGCAGACAGCUGCAGGCCCAGCACAAAGUCCUGCACCUAGACUGGCCCAAGGACUGUGGCAUGGCCCACUAUAAACCCAACAUGGCUGAACGUAUCGUCUCUGGCAAUGAGGCCAGACCUCACUCCUGGCCUUGGCAGGUCUCCCUACAGGUUCGUCCCAGAGGCAGUAAGCACUACAUCCAUGUCUGUGGAGGAACUCUCAUCCACAAGAACUGGGUCCUCACUGCUGCUCACUGUUUCCAGAAGGGUAAAGCAGAGGAUGCUGGAAGUUGGAGGAUUGUCCUGGGAAAGCACCAGCUGAAACGUUCCGAAACGCCUGAAAGGAGUGUCCCGGUGAAGAGGAUCUACCGCCAUGAGCAUUUCCGUUACCCCACACACAGCGAGCUGGACUACGACAUUGCACUGGUCAAGGCUGCCAUUGAUAUCGCGCCCAACAAUCACAUACGCUAUGCAUGCCUGCCGCGCAAACAGAACGAACUGAAGCCUGGACAAUACUGCUGGGUGACCGGAUGGGGAGACACUCGAGGUGGCAAGGAGAACGUGUCCCUGGCUGAGGCCCUGAACCAAGCCCGUCUGCCCAUUAUUGACUUCAAGACAUGCCGUCAGAAAAAGUUCUGGGGAGACCGCGUCAGAGACUCCAUGAUCUGUGCUGGCUUUAGAGACACGGAAGGACCACCCGCUGCCUGUCAGGGUGACUCGGGCGGUCCUUUGCUGUGCCAGAUGGGGCGUGACAGGUGGGAGGUGCACGGUGUGGUAAGCUUUGGCCCGAUUGGCUGCACCGUGGAGAACAAGCCAAGUGUUUUCACACGCACCGUCAACUACAUCCCCUGGAUCGAGGCUACCCGCAUCAGAGACUUCUUUCUGCACUAGAACACAGAAGCAUUCAAACAUGCGCAUGCACACACACACACUUCCCAAAUGAGGUACCCCUCCUCACAAUAUGUAUGUUAAGGACAGCUUGUUCCAUCAUCACACAUCACCGACUACAUGUCCAUACGGUUUCCAUUUUGUCUUUAGUAUUUUGUUAGAUGUAAAAUUCAGAAUGUUACCCUGUUUAAAUGGUGCAUGCAAAAAAACAUAAGAACAUGUUUAAAAUAAGCUAUCCUUAUGUAUGGUUCUCACCUUGACCUCCACCCUGUUCCCAACCACUGUUCCACUUCCUGACUACACCUCCCAUCAUGCAGUCUGUCAAUCAUUAAAGUUGUGCAGAUAAGCAAA